AUGGCAAGAAAGCGUGCCAAGCUGCAGAUUCAGAAUGCAGAGAUGGACACGGAAAGAGAGAGUGGUACGCCUAGGAUCUUUCGAGGCUUGCAGAUCUACAUAAAUGGCUGGACGGAACCAUCUGUCCAAGACCUACGUCAAAUGAUCAUACAGCAUGGAGGGAUCUAUCAUCCUUACCUUGACAAGAAGUCACUAGUUACUCAUAUCAUCACUUGUUCCCUCACUCCCGCUAAGAUCCGCGAAUUCAAGCACAUGAAGGUCGUCAGACCAAAAUGGCUUAUGGAAAGUGCGAAGGCUGGUCAGCUGCUUCCAUGGCACGACUUCAUCUUCAAGCCCGGAGAUCGUCUUGAACCGUCUCAAGGCAAAAGGAUCGCACAGAAGUCUCUGUUUGAAGGUUUCGUAUCUCAGAAUGCGACAAGACCUACGGGAGGAUCAACAAGCUCUUGGGGAGACCAACCGCACCCUGUGGAAAAAGAAAAAUCCCUCGACGAUGGCCAGCCUGCGGCAGGACCGUCACGCUUGACAUCCGAUAUGCAACCAGAUCCCAUAACGCCACCGCAGACUCCGAAGAAAAAAGCGGGUAGCGUCUCCCCUCCCCUCUACACCACAGAUCCUUCUACACCCGAACAAGCGGUUCGCGUCCCAGACUACGCCUCACCUUCAUCAAAUCGUAAUGCCGAACGUGCAAUGGCAGAUCCCGCAUGGCGCGCCGCGCACACGUCAGUCGCGCCCGACUUCGUGCAGGGGUACUACAAGAACUCGCGUCUGCACCACUUGUCAACUUGGAAGGCGGAGCUGAAGGAUCUCGUUGCAGAAGCUCAGGAGCGCGCUGAGAAGGGCGAUGCGUCAGCAUGGGGUCGCUUGCCGAGCUCUCAGGACCGGACUGCCGUGGAGAAGAUCGUGGAGCAGAACAUCGGACGGCGAGAGAGAGAAGGCAUGGACGAUGUGAGUAUGCGGGGGGCACAGCUGGUCAUGCGUUCUCUAAGCAAGGGAAAAGGGAAAGAGCGCGCGGUUGACAGUGAUGAAGACCGUGUGAUUAUGCAUUGUGACUUCGAUAGUUUCUUUGUGUCUGCUGGGCUCAUUGAUCGACCCGAUCUGCGUGGCAAGCCUGUCGUCGUAUGCCAUUCGCAGGGCAAUACGGGAGGAGGAUCAAGCACUAGCGAGAUUGCCAGUGCAAGUUAUGAGGCUAGGAGUUUCGGCGUUAAGGGCGGCAUGAGUCUACAACAGGCCCGGAAGCUCUGUCCGACUUUGUUGACGAUUCCUUAUGAGUUCAAGAGGUAUAAGCAGCUCUCACUGCAGUUCUACACCAUCCUUUUGGCGCAUGCGGAUGACCUACAAGCAGUCUCGGUCGAUGAAGCGCUCAUAGACGUGACAUGCAGUGUCCGUCGCAUCAAUAGGGAGAUAGCCAAUAGUCAGGAUCCCGCUGCAUCUCCCGCCGACCCUGCGCGGGACUUCGCUGAGGUCAUCCGUGCGCAAGUGAAGAAGGCAACUGGUUGUGAAGUGAGUAUUGGUAUAGCUCACAACGUCAUGCUUGCGCGUGUCGCCUCGCGCAAGGCAAAGCCAGCUGGGUCGCUCCAUAUAUUGCCGAAGGAUGCGCAAGAGAUCCUCGCAACCCUCGACAUUGAUGAUCUGCACGGCUUUGGAUAUUCCGCACGUCAGAAAGCUCUCGAGAAACUUGGCGCUACGACUCUCGGCGAGUUAGCGAAGAAGAGCAAGGCUGUUCUAUGCGAGGCGCUCGGAAAAGGGACGGGAGAGACGUUGUACAAAGCCAUUCGAGGGAUUGAUGACCGCAAGCUGGAGUCGGACAAGCCACGCAAGUCCGUGUCGUGUGAUAUCAAUUAUGGCAUACGGUUCGAAAACAAUGAGCAAGCCGAGGCGUUCAUCUAUCAAGUCUCGGAGGAAGUAUCCCGACGGCUCAACAACAUCAAUAUGAAAGGCCGCUCCUUGACUUUGAAAAUCCUGACACGCGAUUCGAGCGCUCCGGUGGAGGCACCUAAGUUCAUGGGCCACGGUAUAUGUGAGUCGUUCAAUAAGCAGGCGCCUUUGAUCCCGCCUGGCGGACGAGCGACAAGCGACGAACGAAUUAUAUGCGAGCACGCAUGGAGAUUGCUGAAGAGCUUCAACUUUGAUCCCAGGGAGCUGCGCGGGAUAGGCAUACAGAUCCAGAAGCUAGAGAAAGCUGAUGGGGAAACUGCGUCGGAUGUCGGACAAGCGGUCCUGCCGUUCAAGCCGAAGGCCUCUGACGAAAAGGAAGCACCUACUGCACUGGAGCCCGCUGAAGACAAGGCUGCUGGAAACCCUGCCAUUGUCGUCCAGCCGCCUUCACAGGACGAUGACGAGAUCCAGAUCAUCGACCUUACCGAAACAGAAGUCCCGUCGAUCAAGGCGGAAGUUGCUGAUCUACCAUCCUUGUCACAAGUUGACAUGGCAGUCUUUGACGCUCUACCCGAGGAUGUGCGUAAAGAGCUCGAGAUAGAGUACAGUCGCAGGUCCGCUACGCCUGUGCUCGCGGAGCACCCGGCGCGUAGUCGCUCGCCUUCCAUGCCCGUUGAACGCAACCAGAAGAUCAUAGUCAAGGGAACGGAUGUCAAGCGCAUCACACAACAGCUGGCACCGCAGAACAGGCCGAGUGUCUCGCCCGCGAAGAGCAGACUGUUCACGAAGCCGGUCGGGCCGUCUUCUGUCUACGUCUCAGAGAGAGAACUUCUCAAGUUGAAUAUCGAUCCGGAGGUGUUCAUCAUGCUGCCGCCUGAUUUGCAGCGGGAACAGCUGGCGAUGGCGCGUGGCGUCAAGGCACCUGGCGUGUCGUUGUUCGCAGAACGUAAGGUGCUGAAGCCGAAGGUGAUGUCGAAGUCUCCGUCAGUUCCAUACUACCGUGCUCCGCCACCUCAAGCAAUAUACGUGCAGCCGCCCAUACUGAAGCAGCAGGGCAAGGCGAAGGGUGACAAGCUCUACUUCACUGAGACUGAAGACAUCGAGCGGGUGAUCGAGGCAUGGGUGGACGGAUUCCGAGAGCAUCCACCAAACCAGCGAGACGUGGACUACUUCGCGAAGUUCCUCGUGCACUGUGCGGAUGGUAUGAAGUCUACUGACACAGGCAUUGAGAAAGCGACGAUGGUACUGAGGUGGUGGUUGGUGCUGUUGAGGCGGUACUUCGGCGUCUGGGAGCACGCUUCGAACGAUGGCGUGCCAGAUGCUGGAGGCGAGGUCACAUCAGAGGUAGUCGGGCGCGCAUGGUGGAAGGCGUUUCGAGAGGUGAAGCAGAAAAUGGAUGUAGUUGCCAGGAAGAAGUUCGGCGGCUGUUUGUCACUAAGAUGA